CAGCUUCUUACAGCCAUCUUCACCGAAACUAAGGUUAACUCCUCACUCUCUAUGGACGGCUACUCUCUAUUUCCAAGGGCGUGAAGAAUUUUCCUUUUCUCCUGUGCUUUCAUCUAAAAGUUCUCCUUGGAUAAUUAUCAUCGCAGAGGAGUGCCUGGGUUGGACAUCCUCAUCUGGGUCAACUAAAAAAAGAAAGCAUGCAAGACGACAGCAUAGAAGCUUCUACAUCUAUAUCUCAGCUUCUAAGAGAGAGCUAUUUAGCUGAAACCAGACAUCGGGGAAACAACGAGAGGAGUCGAGCAGAGCCUUCCUCCAACCCUUUCCAUUUCGGCAGUCCUUCUGGGGCUGCUGAAGGAGGAGGCCAAGAUGACCUUCCAGAUCUUUCAGCCUUUCUGAGUCAAGAAGAAUUAGAUGAAAGUGUCAAUCUGGCAAGAUUGGCCAUCAAUCAUGACCCUUUGGAGAAAGCUGAUGAAGCUCAAGCUAGAAAACGUCUUUCUUCUGAUCAGAUGAAAUACUUAUCUAAACCAAGCUUUGAGCCUAACUUCUGCCAGGAUAACCCUCGAAGUCCUACCAGCUCUAAAGAGAGCCCCCAGGAGGCAAAAAGGCCACAGUAUAGUUCUGAAACCCAGUCCAAGAAAGUAUUCUUAAAUAAGGCUGCCGAUUUCAUCGAAGAGCUAUCCUCUCUUUUCAAAGCCCAUAGCUCCAAAAGGAUUAGACCUCGUGCUUGCAAAAACCACAAGAGUAAAUUGGAAUCUCAAAGCAAAGUUAUGCAGGAAAACAGUGCCAGUUUCUCAGAUCUGUCAGAAAGACGAGAACGAUCUUCUGUUCCCAUCCCUAUUCCCGCAGAUACCCGGGAUAAUGAAGUGAAUCAUGCCCUUGAACAGCAGGAAGCCAAGAGGCGUGAAGCUGAGCAGGCUGCCAGUGAGGCAGCUGGUGGAGACACCACCCCAGGGUCUUCACCUUCAUCUUUGUACUAUGAAGAACCUCUGGGGCAACCUCCCCGGUUCACUCAAAAGUUACGGAGCAGGGAAGUUCCAGAAGGAACCCGAGUACAGUUGGAUUGCAUAGUGGUAGGAAUUCCACCACCGCAAGUAAGGUAA